GUAGCCAAUGGGAUAUGUGCUUUUUGCUUGGCGGGUUACCAAUUUGGCGUCACUCACACCACUGUGUUUCAGCUUCCUAGUCUUCUUCUGCAGUCGGACUUUUGUUGUAGUCUUCAGAUUUGGUUAGGUUAGACAUUUUUGUCGAGGUUUCCCGUAGGUUCCAAAGUUACUGAUAUGGCUGAUGAUGCAGUAGUGGAGAAGAAGCGUGGCCGCAAGGCCGCAGUUGAUGAUGGACCAGCUAAGAAGAAGGAAAAGAAGGAGGUGAAAGAAAGUGGAGCCACUCCUGCGAAGAGAGGGCGGGGCAGACCAAAGGGCACUGGCAAGAAAGCUGCAGGAAAACCUAAGGCAAAGUCCACUCCUGGAAAGGGACGUGGAAGGCCAAAAAAGACAGAGAAGAAAGCUGAUUCAGCAGAAGAAGAGGAGGAAGAAAAUGACGAAGAGAACUAAAUCUGUACUAAUGAAUCUUAAGAAAGAACUGCCUUUAUGUAAAUAUGUAGGUUUUAUAUAUAAAGUAAAUAUUUAGUAUGUAUGUUACAUACAAAUCUCAAGGUCUAGAUAGUGUCUUAAUAAAACUGCCACUGAAAUUUAUCUAAUGUUUUUAAAUUAUUAAUUAUAAUUGAGAAAAUUUGUAGAUUGUUAAAAUUUUUAACCUGUUUAAAAAAGUGAGUACAUGGUCAUUGGUUCACAAAUUUGAUUGAUGUUGUCAGUUUGUGUCUGUUUAUGUGUAUUAGAAUUAGUUAUUAUACUGUAAACUUAUUUUCAGUACAUUAAGUAUUUCAUUUUAUAGAUAUUAAACAUUGUAAUGUCAUGGUUUUUCAUCAAUCUGUAAUAGGUACAAGAGUUCUUUAGUAUUUUGUUAGCCCAAUAAGUGAUACUUCUGUCUACCAUAUCUAGCCUUUAAUCUAUGCUGACUGGACCAAGUAAAAUGUUUUUAAAUCUUUUAAACUCUAUGUUUGUAUUAUUAAGAGCAAAAUAUACUUUUUUAUACUAGUA